ACAAUAUUAUUAUAAGAGGAAGAGAGAAAAAAAAAAGUAUGGAGUGACCAAAGAAAAAAGAAAACCUCAAAAACAUUUCUGUGUUUGUUGUCUUUUGCCGGCGAAAACGGAAACUGUUUCAUCUCCUGUAAAUGACAAACACAAAAACCUUAACAUCUCUCUGAUACUUCAAAGAAAAUGGAUGAAGAAACAAUGGCUACCGGACAAAACAGAACAAGUGUGCCAGAGAAUCUCAAGAAACAGCUCGCAAUUUCAGUUAGAAGUAUUCAAUGGAGUUACGGUAUCUUUUGGUCUGUCUCUGCUUCUCAGUCUGGAGUAUUAGAAUGGGGAGAUGGAUAUUACAAUGGAGAUAUAAAAACGAGAAAGACGAUUCAAGCUUCGGAGAUCAAAGCUGAUCAGCUAGGCUUAAGGAGGAGCGAGCAGCUUAGCGAGCUUUACGAGUCGCUCUCUGUAGCUGAAUCUUCUUCUUCCGGCGCAGCCGCUGGAUCUCAGGUAACUAGAAGAGCUUCAGCCGCCGCACUCUCGCCGGAAGAUCUAGCCGACACCGAGUGGUACUUCUUGGUUUGUAUGUCUUUCGUCUUCAACAUCGGUGAAGGAAUGCCUGGACGGACGUUUGCGAACGGUGAACCGAUAUGGUUGUGCAACGCACAUACGGCGGAUAGUAAAGUCUUUAGCCGAUCCCUUCUGGCAAAAAGUGCUUCGGUUAAAACAGUGGUUUGCUUCCCUUUUCUUGGAGGAGUCGUUGAGAUUGGUACCACCGAACAUAUAUCAGAAGACAUGAACGUAAUACAAUGCGUCAAGACAUCAUUCCUAGAAGCCCCUGAUCCUUACGCUACAAUAUUACCAACAAGAUCUGAUUAUCACAUCGACAACGUUCUUGAUCAGCAACAUAUUCUAGGCGACGAGAUUUACGCGCCUAUGUUCGGUACGGAGCCUUUCCCGGCGGCUUCUCCGAGCAGAACUACCAACGGGUUCGAUCCGGAAUACGAACAAGUAGCAGAAGAUCAUGAUUCGUUUAUGACCGAGAGAAUCACCGGAGGAGCUUCUCAGGUGCAAAGCUGGCAGCUCAUGGACGACGAGCUUAGUAACUGCGUUCACCAGUCGCUGAAUUCUAGCGAUUGCGUCUCUCAAACGUUUGUUGAAGGAGCGGGAGGACGGGUUUCUUACGGCGCAAGAAAGGGUAGGGUUCAAAGACUAGGGCAAAUUCAAGAGCAGCAGAGGAAUGUUAAGACAUUAUCAUUCGAUCCAAAAUCAGACGACGUUCAUUACCAGAGUGUGAUCUCAACGAUUUUUAAGACCAACCAUCAGUUAAUUCUCGGACCGCAGUUUCGAAACUGCGAUAAGCAGUCAAGCUUCACGAGGUGGAAGAAAUCGUCUUCAUCAUCAUCAGGAACCGCCACGGUCACAGCACCAUCACAAGCAAUGUUAAAGAAGAUUAUUUUCGAGGUUCCACGAGUGCACCAGAAAGAGAAGUUAUUGUUGGACUCACCAGAGGCCAGAGAUGAUAACGCAAACCACGCAGUUUUAGAGAAGAAACGGCGCGAGAAACUGAACGAACGGUUCAUGAUCUUGAGAUCAAUCAUUCCUUCAGUCAACAAGAUCGACAAAGUAUCGAUUCUUGACGAUACAAUAGAGUACCUUCAAGAACUCGAGAGGCGGGUUCAAGAACUAGAAUCUUGCAAAGAAUCAACGGAUACAGAUACCCGUGGGACGAUGACGAUGAAGAGGAAGAAACCAUGCGAUGCAGGAGAAAGAACAUCAGCUAAUUGCACAAACCAUGAAACCGGAAAUGGGAAGAAGGUUUCGGUUAACAAUGUUGGUGAAGCCGAGCCAGCAGAUACUGGUUUUACCGGUUUGACCGAUAACUUAAGGAUCGGUUCGUUUGGUAAUGAGGUGGUCAUUGAGCUUAGAUGUGCUUGGAGAGAAGGUGUGUUGCUUGAGAUUAUGGAUGUGAUAAGUGAUCUCAACUUGGAUUCUCAUUCGGUUCAAUCCUCGACCGGAGACGGUUUACUCUGCUUAACCGUCAAUUGCAAGCACAAGGGGUCAAAAAUAGCGACACCAGGAAUGAUCAAAGAGGCACUUCAAAGGGUUGCAUGGAUCUGUUGAAGACUCUAGUUGGUUUGAAUUAGAAAAUUAAAGUUCCCCGGUUUGGUUCUCUAGUGUUUGGUAUUAAUCUAAUUAACCGGGUUUUAGGAAUUCGUAUAAAGACCUUGGUUAUUUUGUGUUGUUGCUUAACGUCGUAGGUGAAGAGGAAAAAAAAAAAAGAACAAAAGCGUACGAGUAUUUUGUUUGAGGGUAGAUUAUUUUAGUUAACGGAUGAAUUAAAAAAAAUAGUAGUAGCUAGUUUAGAUAA